AAUAAAAACUAUAAGGAUGAAAUAUAUUUUUUUUCAAAUAUUUUAUUGAUUAUUUCACUAAAAAUUGUUACUUAUACGUAUACAUACAGAUAUACAAUAGUAUGAUGGUAGCCGGAGGAGAUUUGAUGCGGGCCGGAAGAGAAGUAUUGCCAACAGCAGUUCCUCUCCCAAUCCUCGUACCAUGGCAAAAAAAAAUGAAAAGAUAUACAAUAGUAUAAAAUUGUGUGGCGUGGUCGGGAAGUGAGCUAUUUCAAUCACGAGCGAUGUGUGCAACACGAGUCACAGCCGAGUUUCGCCUAAAACUGAAAUUGCUUUCCUGCACGAGCCACACUUAACAUUUUUUUUGUCACGCCUCUGUGACCUCCGUCCCAGUCAAAAUGACGGUAUUCCAUAAUAAACUGCUCUCGCCGUUCCAGACUGUAUCACAGAACAUCAUGGGAUUAACCACUCACUUACCAGCCAUUGUGUUUGAUAAAAUAUUAGACAAAACAAAUCAAUAGGCACCUUCAUAAUACGUAUUAUAUAUCGAUCUGAUUUGGACACUAUUUUUUCCACCCACUGAGCAGGAAAAAGCGUUCGCCUCGGAUGGGAAAACGUCAUAUUUUUUUAACGCUCAGCCGUCAUCGAAAAUUUAACUUUCAUAGUGGGAGUGACAAAAAAUUACUCGUACUCGCGUAGAUUUUAUGUACAUCAUGAUUUAUAUUAUUUUACUAUCCAUUACGUACGAUUAUCGACAUUUGUGAAUAGCUGGUUGUUUGAGUUUUGGGUUAUCGUCAAAAGUGUUAUUGAAACUACUGUAGAACUUUGUUUCGUAUCUGGGCAAUUUUCACUCAAGAAGACAAAGACAGUACCACGGAGGUAGCAUUCAAAUACGCUGUAUACAGGAUAAAUAAAGAUAAAGCAAUUUUGCCAAACACAACGCUUGUAUACGAUAUUGAAUAUGUCUCUCCACAUGACAGCUUCAAAGCUUCUAAAAAAGUUUGCCGCCUACUGGAGAGUGGCGUGCACGCGAUAUUCGGACCGUCCGACAGCCACUUGGCCAGUCACAUAGUGUCCAUCUGCGAGUCCGUCAGCAUGCCUCUGCUGCUGACCAUUGCCGACCGCGUGACGGACUUGAACAGACGGAACUUCGUCACGGACAUGUUUCCGGCGCGCAAUCACCUCGGACAGGCGUUCAGGGACCUUAUCAAUUUCCUGAACUGGACGAAAAUCGCGAUCGUGUACGACGACGAAGAAGGUUUACUGCUGGUACAGAAUCUAAUGAAAAUGUCAAAAACUGACUUUUACGUUCGACAAGUGGAUCAGCACACGCAUAGACAAGUGAUGCGAGAAAUUAAAGACAAACAUAUUUUCAACAUCAUCGUGGACGUUCACCCACGCAACAUAAACGGAUUUUUCAGAUCCAUACUUCAACUGCAGAUGAACGACUUCCGCUAUCAUUUUCUCUUCACUACAUUCGACCUCGAGACGUUUGAUCUGGAAGACUUUAAAUACAAUUCCGUGAACAUAACCUCGUUCAGAAUAGUUGAUGACGAAAACCACCGCGUGGUCAACAUCCUCCGCGAGAUGGAAAGAUUUCAAAGAGUUGGGCAAAACAUGUUGCACAAGAGUGGAAUCAUCAGGGCUGAACCUGCAUUGAUGUUCGACGCAGUCAACGUGUUCGCUCACAGCAUCGGAUCACUGGACGGGUCGUCGAAUUCAAUACAGUCGUCGAACGUUUCGUGCAAGACGUCGGACCGUUGGGCGAACGGUACGUUUCUGUACGACCGACUCAACGCGGUGAGCAUCGAAGGCCUGACCGGCAAAGUUCACUUUGACGAAGGUAGGAGAUCGGACAUCAAGUUAGACUUGCUGAAACUACAUCAGGAGCAAGUGAAAAAAGUCGGCUUUUGGACACCAUCAACUGGCAUCAACAUCACAAAACAUUCCGUAUUUUACGGACACCAGAGCUCCAACGUGACGCUGAUCGUGGUCACCAGAGUCGAAAAACCUUACGUGAUGAUCAAAGAGGACAAAAACCUAACGGGAAAUUCAAAAUACGAAGGAUUUUGUAUUGAUUUACUACAUAGAAUAGCAUCUCAAGUCGGAUUUCACUACGCAAUCACAUUAGUGCCUGACAACAAGUAUGGAGCUUACGAUCCAACCACGAAGCAAUGGAAUGGUAUUGUCAGAGAACUCAUGGACAAGAAAGCAGACUUAGCGAUGGGUUCGAUGACUAUUAACUAUGCUCGUGAAAGCGUUGUUGACUUUACAAAGCCAUUUAUGAACAUGGGAAUAGGCAUAUUAUUUAAGGUCCCGAGUAAUGAACCAUCCAAAUUGUUCGCUUUCUUAAAUCCCUUGGCGACCAGUGUCUGGAGUUUUAUGUUUCUCGCCUAUAUGGCUGUGAGUUUUUCGCUUUUUUUUCUGGCCAGAUUCUCCCCGUACGAAUGGCGACCACACACUGAAGAAAAUUACCGUGAGGGUCGUUUCACCAUAUCGAAUUGCUUUUGGUUCGUUGCCGGUGUGUCGUUGAAACAAGAUGCAGGCAUCACUCCAAAAGCUACUUCUGCAAGAAUUUUAGGAGGUAUAUGGUGGUUCUUCACAAUCAUAAUAAUACCAUCUUACACCGCUAACUUGACGGCAUUGAGAACAGUUGAGCGGCUACAAAAACCCAUACAAAAUGUAGCAGAAUUGUCAUCGCAAGAAAAAAUAACAUACGGAACCCUCGAAGGGGGAUCAACCAUGUCAUUUUUUAGAGACUCCAAAAUACCAAUAUACCAAAAGAUGUGGAAGUUCAUGGAGAAACAUCAAUCGGUAUUUGUAUCUACUUACGACGAAGGCACGAAAAAAGUACUAGGGGGGAAUUAUGCAUUUUUAAUGGAAUCAACGAUGAUAGAUUAUGCUGUACAAAGAGACUGCAAUUUAACACAAAUCAGCGGCCUCUUAGAUUCUAAAGGUUACGGAAUAGCAACGCCAAAAGGUUCAGUCUGGAGAGACAAACUAUCAUUAGCCGUACUAGAACUCCAAGAAAAAGGAGUCAUUCAAAUGUUAUAUGAUAAAUGGUGGAAAAAUGCAGCCGAUAUAUGUAUCAAAGAUGAAAAAGUAAAAGAAUUCAAACCAAAGCCUUUGGAUCUUAACGAUUUAGGUGGAGUGUUUGUAUUUGUUUUGUGUGGGCUAACUGUAGCUGUUAUCAUAGCAAUAUUAGAAUUCUGCUGGCAUUCCAAGAAAAAGUCAACAGAUCAACAACUACCUGUUUGUACUGAGAUGGCAGAAGAACUAAGAUAUGCAAUACGGUGUGAUGGUACCAAACACAAAGCAACGUUAAAACGAACGUGUAAUGGCUGCUCACCUAUCACUACAUACGUACCAGCUCCGAUGCAUAUAAAUCACGUUACCAGUCAAAUUGACAAUGUUCCUAUGAUUGAACUAACGAGGCCUUCAAUCAGCGUCGACCACGAAGACAAAUAACAUUUACCUUCCGAUUCGCCCCCGUUACAUCCAGCGAGUCGGAGUCCGUUCAAAAAUGUCCAAUUUCGAUUCCAUUGAAUCUCAAAAUCCAUUAAGAGACAAAAUAAACUGCCUAUAAAUUAAGAUCUACCUACGUUUUGAAUCCACCAUAAACGGAUAGUGAUUAGUUUUAAAUAAAAAUGUAUAUACAUUGUUAUUCCAUACAUUUUAUUUUAUAUAUUUAUGUGAAUUAAACAAUCGAUUUCUUUAUUGCAA